GCAGUAGCGAUAUUGGCAUCAUCUUAUAUAUAUUUGGUUAUAUCGCGGUAUAUAUACAUAGGCGCCUGAGCGGAGCUUUCUGCUUGGCUUGGCCACCGCCGCUGCUGCUAGCGCCGCUUCUGCUGUUUAUGCUCGCAGCCAGCAGCAGUGCGCGAAGACUUGGUCAGUCGAAACUGUCUAUCCAGCGGGUGUAGGCAGGCUCUUGUCUCACACCUGAUUCGCACCGCAGACACGCUCGUGUGCAGUCCUAUACAACAAUAACAUUUAGACAGAUAGUCGUAUGUGCAGAAGAAAACGGAAGACGCGCAUUUUGGCCUCGUGGAUGAAUUAGCAGAAGUGUUUACAUGGGCGCUGCUGCGGUGCACAGAGGCUUUCGCGCACUCCGUUAAUUGGCUGUGAUAGUAAUAAUAGUUGAUAUAUCAAUAUAUACAGUGGCUGUGUGACAGCGGUACAUAAACAAGGCGCGCGAGCUUCUCGACACGCGCAACUUCACCCUCUCUCGCUGUGGAAAGAAGGAUUUUGUAGAGACACAAGACGCGUGUUGCGAGGCGAUAUAGUAAUUUGAAUUUUCCAAAAUGUCCGACGUCGAAGACGACGAGUUCCAAGAUGCGCAGGAGGAGCUGGCUCCCCCAUCGACGAUGGACCUGGACACAGCCAUAUUCGAGUCGAAACAGGCCAUACACUUCUUCUUCAACAACGACUUUGAUCGGGCGAGGAAGAUCUUGGAGCCUUGGGCCGACUCGAGCAUGUAUCAUUCGUUAGGAAAUAGCGUGUUUGCCUUCCUCGAGGCGAUACUCACGUUCGAACAGAAAUACGUGGAAAAAGCUUCCGAAGCCUUGAAGCAGUGCAUGGCCGUGUGCACGAAGCACCGACGCCACACCACCACGAUGCAGAACAUCGGCAAAAUGGUCAAGAAGACCAAUUACGACUCUUACACCAUCGAGGAAGUCCACGCCGAGCUGUGCUACGCCGAGUGUCUGCUGCUCAAGUCGAUGCUGACCUUCGUCGAGGACGAGACGCUGGUCAGCUUCGUCAAGGCCGGCCUAAAGAUCCGCACCUGUUUUCUAUCCUACAAAGAAUGCCUGCAGAUCCUGAACACGCGCAAAUGGGAGAACGAGACGCACCGCGUGCACUUCGAGAGCGGCAUACGCAUGGGCAUCGGCACGUUCAACCUCAUGAUCUCCCUCCUGCCCGGCCGAGUCAUCAAACUCCUGGAGUUCAUCGGUUUCUCCGGCGACAAGAACUACGGCCUGAGCCAGCUGCAGGCGGGCUACGAGGAUCGCCGGGGUCUGCGCCAGGUGCUCUGCGCCAUGACCCUCCUGUCCUACAAUCUCAUCAUCAUGUUCUUCCUGAGCAACUCGGACGGCGAUCUCGAGUGGUGCGAGAACGCCCUGGACGAGCAGCUCAAUCUCUAUCCGGACGGCGUCUGGUUCCUCUUUCUCAAGGCGAGGCUCGAGUUCUCGCGGGGCAAUCUGGACGAGUGCAUCGACUGGUACACCAAGUCCUGGAAGUCGCAGCAGCUCUGGCCCCAGUUUCACAAUCUCUGCUUCUGGGAGCUGAUGUGGGCCCACUGCGUCAAGCAGGACUGGAUGCCGGCCCUCGGCUACGCCGAGCGUCUCCGCGCCGAGUCCAACUGGUCUCGCACCAUCUACCUCUAUCAGCUCGCCGCGAUCUCGAUCAUGGCCGAGCGUCACGGCUCGUACAAGCCCGAGCUGUACGCGAUCGAUCGCUACAUGAGCGAGGUGCCCCAGCACAAGCAGCGCAUCGCCGGCAAGUCCCUGCCGAUGGAGAAAUUCGUCAUCAAGAAGUCCGAGCGAUACUUCGCCCAGAAGCGCACCCUGGUCAUGCCCGUGUUCGAGCUCAUGUACGUCUGGAAUCUCUUCCGGAUCGUGGGCAAGCAUCAGGAUCUGCUGAUGGCCGUGUUCAAGACCAUCGAGGACGAGGAGGCGCAGCUGCGCGCCAAGCCGCGCGACGAGUUCACGGCCGACAACGAGGCUCUGGUGCUGCUGCUCAAGGGCGCCUGUCUGAGACAGAUGAAGCUGUAUCUGCAGUCCCAGGACUGCCUGAGGCGAGUACUGCAGCUGGACAAGAGCAUCAAGGAGGACGCGUAUCUGCUGCCCUUCGCCGCCGUGGAACUGGCCAUGUUGGCCAGGGAUCAGGGUAAUACUCAGGUGGCCAUAUCGCUGCUCGAGGAUGCCAAGAAAAACUACACCGGAUACUCGCUGGAAUCGAGACUGCACUUUAGAAUUCACUCGAGCAUAAUGGAGCUCACCGGCAAAAAGUCCGAGGAGAUCAUCAACAAGCGACUGCAGAUGGCCACCCUGAGCGACAUCAACAGCGGCAUCGCGGAUCUGCCCGGGCCGAGCAGCAGCGCUGCUGCACUGCGCAGAGCCUCGGCCGCCUACAAGGUUCCCAACAACUGUCCUUCCGUCAAAACGUAGAUUUCGUCAUGUUAGAGCUACGCGCACACAUACACAGACACACAUACCUCGGUUUAUUAUUAUUAUUAUUAUUAUUAUUAUUAGAACUAUUAUUCGGUUUUGAAAGACAUUGUUUUUAUUAUUUUUACUUCAUAAGCAUCGAAUUAUUAUUAUAGAUUAUUUUGUUAUUGUAAUUUUUACGUUGCAGUUGAUUAUUUUAUUGUUUUUUUUUUAUUUUAUUAUUUCGUCGGAUCGGGAUGAUUCUUACUUAUGUUUGUUAGUCGAAUUGUUUUUUUUACACGUCAUAUCGUAUUUCAUUUUUAUUUCUCUCUUUAUCGUACGCAGGAGCCCGAGAGCGAGAAAGAGAAUAGUUCGAAAAACGGAUCUUAAUGCAAGAUUAGUAAUCUUUUCAACGCUACGAUGAUUAUUGAUUCGUUCUUUCUUUUUUUAAGAAUAAAUGAAAAACAAGAUUUUAGCGAGACUUUUCAUGAGCAUUUUGAUAUUUAAUGUGCGCUUUAGGUACGUUUAAAGAAAAAAACUUCCAAUUUCACAAGAAUUCGUAUCUACGUUUUUUUUGGCUUUGUACGAUUUGUUCGACGAUUGUAUACGAAGCAACUUGUAAAUAUACAAUUCAUUGUACUUUUGUACUUUAAAAAAUCUUGUAAAUAUAUGAUAUUAAUUAUAAUUAUGCAUUUCUAAACUAAAAAAAAACAAAAAGAAA